UGCGUCCGACAGUUUCCACCAACGACUCCACCUGAAGACGACGAUGAGCAGAUUAUGGCGCCAAAUCAUCGUGGGACAAACGACGCUUUUCGCCCUGCUCGUCACGUCCCUCUUAAUACUUUUUUAUAGCACCGAAGACACAUGUCCCGAAGGGACCUUUUCCUGUGGGACUGAAACUUCUCUCUGUAUUCCCCAAAGACAUGUCUGCGAUCUGCACGAACACUGUCCGGAUGGCGACGACGAAGAUCCAGCACUCUGUGCCGAUCUACAAGGAAGCGUGGACAUGGUCGACUCGUACAUCAACAAUUCGCUACAGAAGGGAUCCGACUUCCAGAGCUACCGUAAUAUUUGCGAGAUUUCCGACUACCCGGCGUUUUGCAGAUGCGGAUACAAAUCUCGUUUAGAUUGUAAAUCGUCCGGGUUGUAUGGGAUACCACAGAAUAUAUCCUCGAGUGUGACACAUCUUAUUUUGGCCAAUAACUGCAUUUCUAACAUCACAAGUGACGACUUCAACAAGUACAAUUUGCAAUUAAUUCACCUGGAUGGAAAUGGACUGGAGUACCUGCCUCCUGAUGUGUUUAGAGGGCAGCUCCGACUGGAGAAGUUAUUCAUCGUAAACAACAAACUGAAAGUUAUUGAAAAAGGUGUCCUGUCCGGCCUUCCAAAAUUAUCCUGGUUGUUCCUGGACAACAAUCAAAUCGAGUACAUUUAUUUAAAGGAUUUCCGAGGGUUACUUUCAAUCAGAUGGAUCAACAUUUCAGGCAAUAAAUUAACCUUUGAAAACGAUGAAUUUCCAUUCAUGCCGAUGAUUCAGGAACUGUUUUUGAAUUACAACUUGAUUAAAACCGUAGAUAAAAAUCUCUUUCAAAAUCUGGUGCCGCUGGAACUAUUGUCCUUGCGUGGAAACAUGAUCACAUCGAUACACGAGGCCGCCUUUACCAAUCUUAAUCGUCUUAAGGAACUUAAUUUAAUGGACAACAAGAUUACUAUUUUGCCCUCCCAGGUGUUUUCUUCGCUGGUAUCAAUGUCCAAGCUUGUUAUAGGAAAUAAUCCCUUCACUUUUGUACCCAGCGAGCUCUUCCAAAACACCAUAAACGUCCGCUCCUUAAACAUGGAAGGCAUAGAGAUAACAAACAUCGACCUAGGGAUGUUCGAGCACUUGUCUGAUUUACAAUCAGUUUACUUCCUGAAAUACUCCUACUGUUCCUACUCGCCGAUGGUUCCAAGAUGCAGACCCUUGUCAGACGGCAUUUCCUCCACCAAACAGCUCCUUUACAAACCCAUUUUGCGCUACUCCAACUGGAUUAUCUGCUUCAUCACCAUUUCCGCCAACACCUUGGUGCUGUUUGGGAGGUACAUGUUCAGAGACGAAAACAAAGCCUUAAGUCUGGUGAUCAGGAACUUGGCCAUCAGCGAUUUAGGUAUGGGGAUCUAUUUGUUGAUAAUAGCGGUUCAGGACUGGAGAUUUCGUAACGCCUACAACCAAUAUGCCCACGCCUGGAUAUCGUCCUGGGGUUGCACCGUCACCGGGAUGAUUGGAAUGUUGUCCAGCGAAGUAUCCAUGCUCCUCCUCCUGUUCAUGUCCAUCGACAGAUACUUGCUCAUCGCCGUGCCCUUUGGAAGGUACCACGCUUUGACCCUGAGGAAGACCACCUUGAUUUUGACCGGGAUUUGGCUCGUUGGUGUCUUCAUCACCGUUCUGCCAGUUAUUGAAUACCACAACAGCACGAGGUUUUACGGCGUCAACGGUUUAUGCUUCCCGCUGCAUAUUGACGAUCCGUAUUUUAUCGGUUGGGAGUUUUCGGUCACCAUUUUUGUGGGAUUAAACGCAUUUUGCAUGAUUGUUACUACUGUUGUGUAUAUUGGUAUGUUCGUAAGUAUAUGGAGAACCAGAAAUGCCACAACAUUGCCAUCAAAGGACUACGAGUUUGCUGUAAGGUUCUUCUUCAUUGUCUUGACCGAACUUUUUUGCUGGCUGCCUAUUAUCACCAUCAAAGUUAUCGUCCUCUUCCAAUUUUCUGUAUCAGAUGACACUUAUGGAUGGCUGGUUGUCUUCAUACUUCCAAUUAACUCUGGUCUAAACCCAAUUUUGUACACCUUCACCACACCUAAGUACCGCAGAGAAAUUUACCGGGUACCCAUGAGCGUCCGGGAAUCCACUUCCAACAAGACAAGGACCUACGACAAAGGUUCUCCAGGUACCUACCAUUCUGUAUUCGAUUUAAAAAAGUUUCUACAAUAUCAGACUCCUUUUGUUCAACUCAUUUGAUGCUUAUCAAAGCCUUCUUCUUACUUAUUUAUGCAAAUAGAAAUGUCUUUGUUUAGAACAUGGAAGCAUGCAUCUCGUUGACCGGACAGGACUGAGAUUUGUGAACAACAAAUUUUGAAAACGAGGAGAAUGUACACUGACAGUAUUAUUUUGCAUUUAUUUUAUUUAUUUAAUAAACAUUUUU